ACAUUGUUUCAUGGUUGUCAAAUGCACGGAAGAAUUUCACACAAAAUACAAAAGGAUAACUUCCGAGGAAAUAAAUAAAUAGUGAUUUUUGCUGUUUUAAUAUAGAUAGUAAAUCACGUAAGACAAAAUGUUGCGAAAUGUGCUAUCUGCAUUACCGGCCAGGAAUUUACAGGUUGUAUCAGUAAGGUACAAGCAGAAGAAAUAUCCUAAAGCAGACAAGAAAUUACAAGCUGCUGCGGAAUCUUUGUCUGCUAGAGGCUUCCUAAGACCAACAAAACCAUGGGAUCCACCAGCAAAUAUUGAAGAGACCAUCACCAAAAUAUGUUCUUCCAAGGGCCUAAACACUGAUGCACACUUCGAUGCUUUAGAAACUAAGUUUGCCGUACUGAAGGCAUGCUUCGAGGAGACUGGUUAUGAUGUACCAAACUCUUUGCUGCACACUAUUGAAAGUGUUGCUGAUCUGAAGGAAUUUUACAAGACCCCCGUGGACACAGCUACACCAUUCGACGCAUUGAAGAGGAUGGAGCUGCCCAAGAACUUGUAUGUGCAGCCUGAUUAUGUCAGAUUCAAGCCAGAUAAAGACAAUAUCUUCAAGGGUAUCUCCGCGUUCCCCAAGAGCUCAACUAUUGUAACUGGCCUGAAAUACAGGAAGAAGUACGAAGGUUACACUGCCAAGCGAUCAUGGCCCUAAUUGUUUAUAAGUUUAGACCAAAUAUGUUAAUAGUUAUAGUUUUAGUGGAUAAAUAAAAAGCUCUUAAUUAUAA